AUGUCAUCGAGCAACUCAAACUCAAAUUCCAAUCAAAAUCUACAAUAUCUUUCAAAGCGGGCGUUGCAGAUUCAGCAUGAUGAAGGUGUCGCUGCUAUUCCCAACAAACCUUCCCCUGCCAACACACCACCCGUAAGACGAGCUAGAGCUGGUACUCUGCCUUCAAAUCUAUCCAGUAUUCCUAAUUAUCCCACUCAAUUCAACCAACCUCCCCCUUUAAAUCUUUCAAAAGCUGGUCUUUCUCCCGCAGCGAUUGAAUCACUUGACUACGCUUCCAAUCCACAGAAACCUGGUUUAAGGCACUCUCAUUCUUCUGCUUUAAACUUUGAAAAGUCUCCAAGGCUUAGAUCUGGCUCACUUACCCUACCCCCUUCUUCCCCCUCGGUUCAAAGACUCGCUGAUCCUUUCGGUAGCAGAUUCUUCUACUCGAGGUCAAAUUCACAAAUUGGCGCCAUCGGUGAUGAGCUCAAGUCUUCUGACUUGCCCUCUGAAGACGCUUGUCUGCGUACCCUUGAUUACCUCGGCCUUGAUGACCCUCCUUCAACUCCAUCCUCCCCACAUACAAAUCAUUCAAAUCCUUCUUUAUCGAUACCAAAGCCUUCUCAUAUCUCUCUAAAUUCACCAACAAGAUCAAGAGCGUACACUCUCUCCACUUCAAAAGCUGCUGAUCCUUUCAAAACAUCUUCAUCCACCUCAUCACCUUCAUGUCAACCUCCUAACGAUCAUUUACACCCAGAUUCUGCUUCUUUGGUUAAUAACUCCAAUCUUAACGAUUACCAAUCUUUCUUGAAAGAUCCUCAAGAUCCUCUCUUUAAUAGCUUCAACAACCCCUCUUACAACUCCAACUCCACUCAAUCUUCACGCCCACGCGCUAUCUCUAUGGGCAUUCUCGAUGAACCUGACGUCAUCAGAGCUCCUGCAAGAUCUGGUGUGCCUUUCCCUGACUCUUCUCAUCCACAUCCACUCCAACAAUCCUUCAACUCUUAUGACUUGGAAAUGUCUCACCUCGAUGACCCCUAUAGUUCCCUCAAUCAGGUUCACACUCAGCAAGUUCCAACCAGAUCUCUCUGGAUUGGUGGUUUAGAUCCACGCACCACCGCCCAAGAGCUCAUGCACGUCUUUGCACCUUACGGUGCAAUUGAAAGUUUACGCUUGUUAACGGAUAAGGAAUGUGGUUUCGUUAAUUUCGUAGAAAAAUCAGAUGCUCUCAGAGCUAGAGAUGAUGUAAUGCACAGAUUAGCCGGUAGAAUACCCAUCUCUACAACCAAUGGCGGUGCAAACUCCUCAACACCUGUUAGAAUAGGUUUUGGUAAGAUUGACUCACCUCAAAAUCCUCCUUCAACCUCCUCGCUUUUGAACUCAACCAACAAUUCCACCCUCUCAGUUCCAAACAGUGUACCAAAUCAGAUCAAUUUCGACGGUACAACAGAGCAACCAACGCGUGCACUCUGGCUAGGCUCCAUCCCAAGCACCACAACUCCAGCCACAUUACUUGCACUGUUUGGGCCAUUUGGACCAAUCGAAUCAGCACGCGUUCUCACUCACAAAAAUUGCGGGUUCGUUAACUACGAAAGACUCGACGAUGCUGUUCGCGCGAGGAAGUCACUCAAUGGCCGCGAACUUCUCGGUCCUGAGAUUGGUGCUGUCAGAGUCGGCUUUGCUAAAGUGCCUGUUAAGUCGACUGGAAUUGAUGAUAGUGCAAAUACAAUCAUAUUCCCAUCAUCCGCCUCAGCUCCAAAUGGUGGUCACCCACAGGCUCUCGCUAAUUCAUUGAUCGGUGUUCAAGGCGUUUCUGACAUACCUGUUGAACAACAAAUAGCUUCUGGACAGACGGAAAACUACAGAUCAAAUCUUAUGAUGAAUUUACUUCAGAAUGGUACAAAGGAGAGCGUCGUCAACUCUCUCUCACCGAAAUUAGAAAAGGUCGAUCCAGAUGAAAGACCUAGUGUAAAUGAUCAGCAGAUGAUCAUGUCAAUCCUCAGCGGUGGAAAUCAAGACGACAUUAGAUCAGUCUCAGAUCUUAGACCAGCAGCUACUUAUUACACUUCUAUACCACCAAUACUACCAGCUGUUAAUGGUAUUGAUAACCAGCCAAUCCGCAAAUUUGAUUCAUCCAAGUUGCGCGAAUUGAGAAAGAGGCUUGAAAAUCAAGACGGAAGUAAUUCCGAUAAGAGAAGAAGCAGUGCCGAUGAAAUGAAUGACGAGUAUUACGAUGACGAGAAUGGUCAAUUCCCAUUUUCUGAAGAUCCAGAAAUUUUGGCUACAAGACCAAUGUCUGAAGGUGGACUUAUUGAUAACAUAGUCGAUCUUGCUAGUGACUACAUUGGUAACACGAUCAUUCAGAAAUUAUUUGAAGUUUGUACACUUCAAGCCAAAAUGUGUAUGCUGAAUGAUCUUGCACCUCACUUAGCUAUGAUUGGAUGUCACAAGAAUGGAACAUGGGCAGCUCAAAAGAUAAUUGAUUGUGCUUCAACUGCUGAGGAGAUCAAUUUGAUAGUACAGCACAUUAGACCAUACGCACCACCUUUGUUGUUGGACCAGUUUGGAAAUUACGUAGUUCAGUGCUGUCUUAGAUUUGGACCACCAGCAAAUGACUUUAUUUUUGAUGCAAUGUGUGAUAGAAUAUGGGAUAUAGCACAAGGACGCUUUGGAGCUCGUUCUAUGAGGGCGAUAUUAGAGAGCUCGCAUAUCACAUUACGUCAACAGAAACGCUUAGCAAUAUCAAUAAUACUAAAUUCGAUUCCACUAGCAACAAAUCCAAAUGGGGCGUUACUGUUGACUUGGUUGCUGGACACUUCAAAUUUACCAGGUAGAUAUGGGUUACUUGCACCUAGAUUUACACCACAUGCAGCGCACCUGAUUACGCACAAAUUGGCAUCAUUGACAGUGUUAAGGUUGGUAAAUCAAAAGCUAGAUAGAGAAGCAACGAAUAGUUUAUUAGAAGCAAUCUUUGAAAGUCCAAGUGAUGGAGUUUUGUUUGACGCGUUGAUGGAUCCAGCGCAGGGAGUAUCAGUAAUAACUAAAUUGAUAGUAUCACAGACGAUUGACGAGUAUAAGAGACAGGAGUAUAUGGAAGCAAUCAAACGAGUACUAACGAAUGGAAAUGUAAAAAUAACAAACCCAGCCGCAUACAGGAGGUUAUUGGAUGAGAUCAAUAUGCCUAUGAACAAGCUAAAUAUAAUGCAACCGCUACCGGGGACAACAGGUGGCAGUGGGAGUGGGAGUACAGGUGGAACACCACCAACAACGACAUUUUCACCACAAUUGCAACCAAUGCAGCCCAUUUAUGGUGGAAUGACGCCACCUGCGAGUCUAAUGAAUCUACAACUACAAGCACAUGCGCAAGCCCAAGCACAAGCAGCGGUGUUAGGACAUGGAUCGCCACCAGUGCCUGAGCAGAUACUUAGAGGCUCAACAGGAAACCCAUUCAACGCAUUUAGAUAG